AUGGCGGCCGCGCUCCGAGGGGGCCGGCGCCGCGCACCAAUCCGCGCCCGGCCGGGCCCCCGGGGCGGGGAGAGCCGCCGGUGGGGGGGGCGAGCCGCCGCCGCUCCGCCGCCACCGCCCCGCGCCGCCGCGCGGGGGAGAACCGCGGCACCGGCCGAGCUCCAGCGGCUGGCUCGGCUCGGCUCGGCUCGUCCCAAGGAGCAGCUGGGUCCCUCUGUGCCCAGUUUGCCCAGUCCCAAGGAGCAGCUGGGUCCCUCUGUGCCCCCUUUUCCCAGUCCCAAGGAGCAGCUGGGUCCCUCUGUGCCCAGUUUGCCCAGUCCCAAGGAGCAGCUGGGUCCCUCUGUGCCCCCUCUGCCCAGUCCCAAGGAGCAGCUGGGUCCCUCUGUGCCCCCUUUUCCCAGUCCCAAGGAGCAGCUGGGUCCCUCUGUGCCCCCUUUUCCCAGUCCCAAGGAGCAGCUGGGUCCCUCUGUGCCCCCUUUUCCCAGUCCCAAGGAGCAGCUGGGUCCUUCUGUGCCCCCUUUUCCCAGUCCCAAGGAGCAGCUGGGUCCCUCUGUGCCCCCUUUUCCCAGUCCCAAGGAGCAGCUGGGUCCCUCUGUGCCCCCUUUUCCCAGUUCCAAGGAGCAGCUGGGUCCCUCUGUGCCCCCUUUUCCCAGUCCCAAGGAGCAGCUGGGUCCUUCUGUGCCCCCUUUUCCCAGUCCCAAGGAGCAGCUGGGUCCCUCUGUGCCCAGUUUGCCCAGUCCCAAGGAGCAGCUGGGUCCCUCCGUGCCCAGUUUGCCCAGUCCCAAGGAGCAGCUGGGUCCCUCUGUGCCCAGUUUGCCCAGUCCCAAGGAGCAGCUGGGUCCCUCUGUGCUCAGUUUGCCCAGUCCCAAGGAGCAGCUGGGUCCCUCUGUGCCCAGUUUGCCCAGUCCCAAGGAGCAGCUGGGUCCCUCUGUGCCCCCCGUGCCCACCCCAGCCUGUCCCCUGUCCCCUGCUGCUCCCGGCCGUGCCGCAGCUCCCGCUGCCCAAUGGCAGAAGGGACCAUAA